UUUGUACCAGUAUCCUUUAAUAUGUUUUUAAUGUAUCACGUUAGCCCACCGCCGUGACAUAGCUUGGCUUUUGAAACCAAUUUGUUUAAAACGGAGGAUACCACUAGUUGGUAAACUGAACUGAAAAAAGCCAAUUUAAACAAGUCAGGGCGGUGAUCAACCAUAAUGUUUAAAUUUAGAGAAAAAGAUCAUUACGACGUCAUUACAAGUUUGAGUGUACUGACCAGACUUUGUUUCAAACAUGAUUAAUUUAUUCAUAGAGCUGUUUUGAGAGCUUGAAACAAUACAAUACAAAAUCCAAAACUAUGAAGCACAUUUAUACAGACGACCUAAGAAAUUCUAAUAUCUCGCUCUAAUGACAGUAAUCAGUUCCAAAAUAGCAGCAAUGAGUAUAUUCUUGGUGUAUUUGGUGAAAUGCCUUAUCCAUGAGAGUAUUAAAGAAAUGCUACAAAAGAGCAUCAAAAGCGGGCUUCUUCUGGUCCACUGUCAGUUGACGGACUCCUGUAAUUAUAAUGUGAAAUGGGAUUAUAUUUAAUUUCAAAGAUGUUUUGUUUAAAUAAAAUGUCAAAAUUAUCAACGAGCUCAUUGCCUAAGASCGACAGGAAGGCCGUUCCCUAUAGUUGGGUGCGUCAGUGUGUUAUAAAACCGCUGUGAUGAACGAAAAUACCGUAAAAKAUUGACAGGCAUAUGAUGAUAAACCAUAGAACCUAUGAGUCAUGAAACAAAUCAACUGAAUUAUUAUGUUAUAAUCUCAUUGAAAACUAAAUUGGAUUGUGAUUGGUUUGUUCUUGAUUGACCAGGCAUCUUUUUUAAGGACAUGUGCAUUGGAACCAGAAAGGUCUAAAAGAAUGUGUUUUUGAAUCAAUUACUUUAUUGUUAUUUUUCACCUAGUGCAUUAUUAUUAUUCAUGGCUUUAUUUCGAUAUCAUUUGACACCACUGCAUCUGAUAUGCAUAAAAUAAAGAUGAUAUCCUGUCCUAUCGUGCCCUUUCUUUCUUGUAAACUAUUAAUUUCCACUGCUACUACUUCAAACACCAAUCAAAUAAUGUUGACUUUUAUAGUGUAGAUGAUAUCCUGUGCUACAGCGCCUUCCWCAUCACAUUGUUUACUAAUUCUUCUAUUUUACGCAUAAAUCAACCGAUGGUUAAAGAUGCGGCUUUUCAUAAUUAAAUUUGCUUUAUUUCUAGAUCAACAUUGACGCGUGAAGAAAAAUAAUAUUACAAGAUUUUGGAAAUCAAGGGAACUGGGGAAACUGCAGCGGAUCUCCAAAUAGCGUCGUCCAUAUGAAUGACUUCACUCCACAAAUUGUGAUACCGUUGAGUAUUAUAUCGUUCUUAGUAGUCUCGACGAAUAUUGCCGUGUGCAUCCUAGUCUUAAAGAUCAAGGGUAUGAGAUCCUAUACCAAUGGUUUUGUUGUCUCGCUGGCUAUUUCAGACAUAUUGACAGGAAUUACAUUAAUAAUUCACUACAAUGCUGAAYUACAGCAUCAAUCACGGGUCGCUAUUAACAUCCUGUACGCUCUUGUACUAUUUUGUGGAGUAUGGAAUAUUUGUGCAGUAACUUUCGAUAGAUAUCUGGCUGUUGUAAAGCCAUUCUCCUAUAGGACUAUCAUUCCAAAGUUCUUCAGAGUUUCUCUGCCUUUAAUAUGGGGAUUYUCCGUGGUGACUGCAGUUCUUCCGGCACUUGCUUGGGAAGGAAACAUAAAAACCACUGCUAAUAAAGUGUAUAUAUUCUUUACAUUCUUCUUCUGCGCUGUUCUUCCACUAACGAUAAUCAUGUAUGCAAAUCUGAGGAUCUUUCUUUCAGUCAGACGUUGCGUUCAAAAGGAACGUGAGCUUAGUAUCUCUACGGAAACUCCACGUAAAGAGCUCAAAGAAUCGCGUCGAAGAUGCAAAAAGGUUUCUACUGAGGCAAAAGUAGCAAAAGUGUUUGCUAUCGCAGCUUUGAUGCUGAUACUAAGCUGGUUUCCAAUAUUUAUUUACAGUGGGGCAUUUGUCUUCAAUAAACCAGAAUUUGUACCUAAAGUAAUAUCCGAUAUUUCACCGUUCACGAUCGCUCUUGGAUCGUUAGUUAAUCCUAUUCUAUAUUCAUUUAUGAAGCCUGACUUUAGACACGCCUUAGAGAGGAUAGUACGUCGACGAGGUUUGGGUAGGAACGGGUUUCGCUCGCAUCGAUGUUCGUCAUUCGCCCCAAGUCUAUAUUCAGAAGGAACGGAAUGCUUYUCCGAGAAAAACAAUAAUCAAAGAUCUUCUACGGAAAGACAAAGCUGGACCACAAACUAUAGUAACAUAUCAGCCAAUCAAAACGAUUCUUGUACAGGGAAUUUGAUAUCAUUAGAAAGCGCUGUAUAAGAUUGAAUCGAUUAGAUUCUUUAGUAAGGCAUAUAAUAUGAGACCACGUGUACAGGCGUAAACUAUCAUGCCUUUCUAAUGYUUUCUAAUUCAAUGAUUCGAAAUUUUUCGUUUCCUUUUGGAGAUUAGUCAGAUCCGAAAUGGAAUCCCAGUACCAACAAAAAGUGAACAAAGGAUUCUGGUAGUUAUGACGUCAUCGCUCAAGUGGUCUGAAGUAAUAGGUCCUGUCCUGGUCUCCUUUUGAUCCGCUCCAAGACUCGCUGGAAAAGAGAGUCCAGUAUAACUUGCAUGCGCAUGUCAGCUUUGUGACCUUGCGAUCUCCACAUAAAUGUGACGAUCGCRCGAGGUUACAAUUCUCUGUACAAUUUACAGCUAGAAAGACUGAUGGRAUGUCAUUUUCAUCUGUGAUUAUUAUUGUCCCUGGCACCUGGAGAACAAUCUCAUUAUUUUUCCUCGUCAUUUCAAAGGUUUGAAUCGUAUUGCUGUCAGAUAUAAGUUUAGAGCCGGUUUGGUCAACAAUAUCUAUCGUUGACCACUCGUUGCAAGUUAUCGUUGGCAUUUCUUCGCGAACAUACAAGCGGAAAUUUUUCGUGGCAGAUGGAGCUUAAUACAGACAAAAGCUGACUAAUGAAUCAAACAAAAAAGAAUAAAGUGAACAAAGAAAUAUUGCGAAUUCCGUCGGUAGGGAAUUUAGAGCGGUCGCUGCGUGUGUGACUAUUAAUCUGAUUGGCUUGUUUUGCACAUGCACAUGCAAGUUAUGCCGGACUCUUUCCCAGCGCGUGAGUCCUGGAGCGGAACGAAAGGAGGCCAGGACUGGAUAAACUGAUAGGUAAAGCGAAUACUUCAUUCAAAAAUUUUAAAUACUAAAAAGUCAGAUUUGAUUUUAUACUAACAUUACAUUAGUGCUCUUACGAACACAUGAAGACUCAUUCCUUUGUCUAAUACUAUUAAUCACCGUACUUCAAAAUGAGAAAGAUCACAUUGAAAUGUAGAAGACUGGUAUAGGAAAAUUGUUUAACAUAAAAAUUGGCAAAUAUAUCCAAUCAAAUUCUAAUGACUAAAAUGUUUUUCACUGUGUUACUUUUAAGUAGUGGARAGCUUGUUUUACACUAUGAUACCAUAUAAUAACAAUCACGUUUCCAAUUUUUUACUUUAUAUGAAAAAUAAUAUAGCAUGAAAUGACUGAAAUUUUGAAGUUAUAGGAGAUUUUCAAGUUUUCGCGGACCAUUGAUGAAGUGACCGUAUCUAAGAAAUGCCCCGUUAGCACCCAGAGUCUACACAAUUAAUUAGUGCCGUUUACCUGCCCAUGCAAUAACAAUGCCCUUCUUAUGGAACAGAUUUGUUUGGAGGGAGAAAUGUCCCUCCAUCAAACGAAAAGGYCAAGUAGAGUAUAGCUAUAAUCUGUUGGAGAAUUGUACUGACCAAUAAUAUUUCGUCAUUACUCGAAAAAAAAUGAAAUUCCACCACAAGAACUGUAAACUAGCAUGCGAUUCUAUAUGGUUUUGUAUAUUUUGAUGUAUUCUUUCUCAUCAUUAAYAGAGCUGACUAUUUCUAGUCUCCUCUAGUAAAACAAACCACCAAAGCGUCAGAUUACCAUAAUUAAAGCUCAGUCAUCUUGUUUUCCGUUAUUACUUCAUAUAUAUUAUUCAGACCUUUGGGAACUCUGCUAGAAUUACAAAUAAUCCGGAAGAAUUAUAUUAUCAUAAACGCGCUGUUAAUAAAAACAUUGAACUAUGAGAUAUUACAUGAAACGGAAAUAAUGAAACGUUAUAGUGUUUUAGAAGGAAUCGAAUCCCAGCGACUGGGUCGGAAAUUAAUUUUCCUAAGCAAUAUAACUUUCCAUUGUUUCCAUUUAUUGACAAUAUAGCCUAUAGUAUCAAAUAAAAUAUGGUCGAMUC